AUGGCAACCGAGAGCGAAGUGUUGUUUGCACUAUAUUAGUUGUACCAGAAGAAUUUGAUUUCCUAUGAACAAAAGGGAAUGAUCAAAGAUAUGUUGAUUCAAAAUGAUUUCGUGCUGAGAGCGUCUAUUACCGAUUGUGACACUUAGUUUCUGUUGCAACAUCGCAUUUUGGAACUGCUUUAAGGUUUUUAGAUGGUUUUUAUUUAUUUAGAUUAAGAAUCACCUCGAAAUUCGACUUGCAUUAGCCCUUUGAAAAGAAUGCCUUCUUGCAGCACUACGCAUAGUCGAUAAAGGAUUAAAAGUGCAAUUCAAAAUCCAAAUUAAAAAAAAACUAUAUCAAGAUUAAGAUCAAAUUCUCUGACAGCAAUAUGA